AGGAUUUUUUUGUCUUUAGUUAGAAAUAAUUUAAUUAAGAAAGUGUCAUAUUAAAUAAAAUGUUAUUAAUUUUAUUUGUUUAAACUUUUUUUUAACCAAAAUGUCUGUAAUUGAUGCACAAGUUAUAAAACGAACUCAAGAUACUCUUGGAAGAUAUGUGAAGAAACCAGUACUAAGUGAAAAACUAUUGAAGAAACCUCCUUUUCGAUUUUUACAUGAUGUCUUUAAUACGGUAAUAAGAGAAACUGGAUACUUCGAAGGUCUUUAUACCCCCGAAGAACUUAACCAUGAGACCAUUUUUGAUCGCGAUGCAAAAAUGAAAUUUCUACAAAAGAUGAUCGAUACGAUAAAACUCAUUACCAAUGAACCUUUAACGGUUAGAACUUCAAAAAUUGUAGCCGGUCAUGAGCCAGAGAAAACCAACGAACUGUUGCAAUUUAUGGGAAUUGUUAUUGAAAUGAAGCUCGAUUGGAAGACUGCAGUUGAAACCGUUAAGAAUGAAGGCAGCUCAUUGAGUACAAAACAAAAACCGAAAGACAAAGAAGUUAAAGAAAAGAAAUCCACAGAUAGAUCACCAAAGGUUGUCGCAACUAAGAAAUCGGAAAGCUCAAAAGAAAAGGCUGGCAAGACCGAGGUUAAAGAUAAGACCAAGUCAAAAGAUGUAAAAGAUAAGUCUUUGAAAAAGCCUUCAAAAUCAAGCGAUGUGGAAAAGGGUGAUGAGAAGAAACUCAAGAGUAAGGUCAGCAAAGAAGCAUCAAAGAAAAUUUCGCCAAAAAAGACCAAUGUAGAAAAUACGGUUGACUCCCAACGAGAACCCCAAGAAAACACCAAGACCAAAACUAAGAGUCCAGAAAAAGUUGAUACCGUCAAUGAACCCAAAAAUGAAUUGAAAAAACAAAGUGAAAGCUUGGAAGGAGAAAAUGUUAUAAAUAAACCAGUGGAAGAACAAAAAGUCUCUACUCCGCCAAAACCACCUUCUCCUUCGGUAGAUGGCAAAAACCAUGAAGUCAAUAGCAGUAAAAGAGAAGAUUUAUUACUAUCCUCUGCAGCAGAGGAUGUAACAACUGGAAAUGAAAGUCGACGAUCAUCCAGCAGUAAACGUUCAUCUGGUAGAAGUCGUAGAUCAAGUGCUGAAAAGUCUAGAAAAUCCAAAUCUGAUGACACACUUGUACAAACUCCUCCAGAUCAUAUUGAUGCUCUCAAAACAGUAACUGAAGAGCCUCCAACAGAAGUUCCUACUAGUCCUUCUCUGAAAUCUUCAAUUUCCAACACAAAUUCAGACGUUAAAAGAGAAUCCACAUUUGUGAGAGAGAAUUCAAAGGAAUCUACACAAGUUCCAGCCCCAACACGACCCCGAACCUCACUCAGACCUCCAAGUGCUAGACCAGCUUCGGCACGACCAGGAGCUCCUCGUCGAAGAGAUAAAAACAUCGAAAUAGUACUUCAGCCAAAUGACCAAAUCAAAUUAUCAGGAAUUAGUGUUAAAUUAGAGACUUUCACUUCAGAGCUCGAAGACGAUGGCGAAAAUUUGGUUAUAAUAGAAAACCCAAAUACAAUCGAGGACCAACUGCAGCAAAGCAACAAUAUUGAAAAGAAUUCUACCCAAGAUGAUUCACAAAAUCAGGGACAUUUGGUUCAACAGAUUCUGGAAACGCAAAAAGAACUAGUACAAGGUUCCUCUCCUGAUACCGAAUUAACCAGAAGCAAGGAGAAUGAUAUCUCUAAUUUGAAUUCCCGACAAAGCUCAGCCCGUCAAAUGAACAGCUUACGAGAUGUCAUACAAAAUCUAACAAAAUCUGUGAAUCCUUUGGGCAAAUUAAUGGACUUCAUUCCAGAAGACAUCGAUGCAAUGCAAUUAGAACUUACCAUGUGGAGAGAUACUUACAACCAAUCUUCAAUUGAGCUGAAAAAAGAAAGGAGCUUAACCGAAUCAGUAACAGAACCAAUGAAAAAUCAACUCGUCACAAUUGAAGCCAAUAUAAAGGAAUAUCGUGAAAUGAUCGAUAGCUGUCGUUCGAAAAUAUUACAAAACGCUGAGAAAAUCCAGCGGCUAUUAACCACACAAUAAGAAUAGGACAGAAGAGACGGUGGAGGCGGCCCGGCGUGCAGCGAUUGUGACUUCAGAGGUCUUCUAUUAAAUUAAAGUCUUAACUUAAUUGUUUAACUCAGUUUACACAAAUCUUAUGAGGGUUGAAAUACUUUGAUGAUCUUAAUAUUCAAUGUUACUAAUAUGGCGGCUACGGAAGGUUCUUCUUGUUUCCUUUUUUAUCAAAUCCAAAUGAAAUCACGUGUUAAUUAGUCUUAAUAAAGUUGUUUAUUUAUCAAACAAAUGACCAAUUAAUUAAUAAUAA